AGCCCGCACACCUGCAGCCCGGAAUGUGCCGUGUCGGCAUUCACUCAUGGACAGGUGGAAGACCAACACGAAUCCACAAGCCAACUGAGCGUCAGCCACCAAUUUUCAGCAGCACUGCCAGCAUCUGCAGAUUUUCUCUGAACGUUUCAAAGGGAAUGAUAAAUUGUAUUCUUUCUGCUGGAUUUCUAACGGUUUCAACACACAUCUGCUCCAACAACUAUCUCCACCUUGUCUCUAUCGCGCAAAAAGAAAGUGCCCAAUUGUUACCGAGCGGGGACGCCACCGAGAUCGGACUACAAAAUGGUUUCAGGUUCUUGACCAAUCGCUGUGGAGGGACACGCCCUCUCCUUUGUGUGAUCAGAGGAGUGGUGAAAUCUAAUUGGAGGAAAUGAUGUACAGGCGUUCCAUGCCGACUGGUGAUUGACAAGCUGAGUAUUUACGGACUAGCGCUGAAAGCCCCGGUGCAGAUUUUGCAUGAGCAUCGUAGGCAAAGCGGCGUUUAGUGAUCGCGGUCCCACGGAAGCAAAGCGCACGGCACCAUGAUAACUACAGAGUCUUCAGCUGCUGUGAAAAGGCAAAGGAAGGAUUCAGGAAACGGAGGUGAUCCAGAUGAGAAGAAACACCUGGGGCAAUGGGGCAGGGCCUGGGAGGUCGACUGGUUUUCCUUGGCAUCUGUAGUCUUCCUGCUCCUGUGCGCCCCAUUGAUUGUAUUCUACUUCGUGAUGUCUUGCGACCAGUUCCAGUGUGCUCUGUCCGGUCCUCUUCUCAGUGUGUACUCUGGCAAAACCAGCAUCAGUGACAUCUGGGAUCGAGCACCGUCCUUCAGCUGGACAGCUGCUAAAAUCUAUACCCUCUGGAUAUGCUUUCAAGUGUUUUUGUACAUUUGUGUGCCUGACGUUUGCCAUAAGUUGUUUCCUGGCUAUAUUGGCGGAAUUCAAAAUGGUGCAUGCACUCCUGCAGGGCUGAUCAAUAAAUAUGAGAUCAAUGGAUUACAGGCCUGGAUUAUUACCCAUAGUCUCUGGUUUGCCAAUGCCAACUAUCUGCGCUGGUUCUCCGCCACCAUCAUAUUUGAUCAUUGGAUUCCUCUCCUGUGGUGUGCCAACAUCCUGGGCUACGCAGUGGCAAUAUUUGCAAUGUUGAAGGCAUAUUUCUUCCCCACCAAUGCAAAUGAUUGCAAAUUCACUGGCAAUUUUUUCUACGACUUCAUGAUGGGGAUUGAAUUCAAUCCACGCCUAGGGAAGUGGUUUGACUUCAAGCUUUUCUUCAAUGGCCGACCUGGUAUUGUAGCAUGGACUCUGAUCAACCUCUCCUUUGCUGCUAAACAGCAAGAGUUGUAUGGCCAAGUGACCAAUUCUAUGAUCUUAGUAAAUGUGUUGCAGGCAGUUUAUGUGCUGGAUUUCUUCUGGAAUGAAACUUGGUACCUAAAGACGAUUGAUAUCUGCCACGAUCAUUUUGGCUGGUACUUGGGCUGGGGAGACUGUGUGUGGCUUCCGUACCUUUACACUCUGCAGGGUCUGUAUCUCGUCUACAACCCAGUCCAGCUGUCAACUGGAACAGCAAUUGCUGUUCUUCUCUUGGGGUUGGUUGGCUACUACAUCUUCAGAAUGGCCAACCACCAGAAGGAUCUCUUCCGGCGCACAGGGGGCAACUGUGAGAUAUGGGGCAAGAAGCCCAGUUACAUUGAAUGCACCUACUUGUCCAUCGAUGGCAAAACGCACCACAGCAAACUGCUGAUCUCUGGAUUCUGGGGGUUGGCACGCCAUCUUAACUACACUGGCGAUCUUAUGGGCUCCCUUUCUUACUGCCUGGCCUGCGGAUCUGGACACCUCCUGCCAUAUUUCUACAUUAUUUACAUGUCUAUCUUGCUGGUCCACCGCUGUAUCAGGGAUGAACACCGAUGCCUGAACAAAUAUGGCAAAGACUGGAGGCGUUAUACAGAUAAAGUGGCUUAUCGUCUUUUACCUGGGGUAUUUUAGGACUGUUUGCAUCAACUCUCGUUUCCAGAGAGACUCAUUUUCCUUUAAGCAAAGUAAGUUCACCAGUAGAAGCUCUGAUCUCCAAGUACAUUUUUACUCAAAGUAAAACCAUGCCUUAAAAGUUCGAAAUAAGAUGGAAAAUACUGUGCAUAUUGAAGGUGGGAAAAAUGCUGAAGAAAUUUCACAAGAAUUAACUGCCAGCUAAGGUCAAUCAGCUUACAUUCACAUUGCACUUCCUUUAAGUACAAAAUUGAGACAUGCAUCUUCAGUCAGAAGCAUGCUGUUUUGGUUUUAUGGUAUGUCGAUGUCAGAGAUUUUUACUGUUGCCGUUAGUUAAAUUAAUUUAAUCUCUUCAAAUUGAUCGAUGGAAGUCUCAAAUGCUGUCAUUCCUGCUGGGAAUUGGAAUUCGUGUGUGUUUGCUUACUGCUCGUUACGUCACUGGUGUUCGGGGCAGGAAUGAAGGCCCUCCAUCUCUUGCAAUCUUCAGGGCUUCCCUCGCCUAGCUUCCUCUGGGUUUUCACUACUGUCAGUCAUGUAAGUCCCUGGGGGAGACUCAGGAAUACUGUCACACUCAAAUAUAGAAGGAUUCCUCGUUGCUGCUUCCUUCGGAGUUUUGUUUUACCAGUCAGGGUCGUUAACCCUGAGCUGUACCCCCAAACCUGGUGGACCGGUGGACCACUGUCUGGCCUCUACUCUUUAACCUGUUUGACAUGGAUGACCCCACCAAGAGCCAAAGCGUAAAGCCCUGAUUCCAGCCAGCAUGGCUCUCUGGGUCCUUAAAACACACAAGCCUCCAAACCCAACGUCAAGGUUGUAGUGACAUUUGAUGGAACAGUGAAUGGCUAGACAUUAUGAGCUUAAAUAUGCAUUAUAACUAGGCUUGGCAGAAUUUAUUUAAUAAUUUUGGCAUAAACAUUACUUUGACACAUUUGUUUUGAAUAUAAUUGAUUGGAAUUUUCAUGAUCGCAUCAAAUGUAAGCUGUGAGAAAAGACAAUCUCAGCAGCUCCUUUUUUAAUUUAAAAUAUAAAGAGCCUCAAUAUAAAGUAAAUAUCCACAGAUUAGUCAUAUGAAUCUUACCUCCUUUAAAUCAUUAUGAUUGUUUUAUAGUUACAUUCGCAAACAAAGUGCAAAGCACAAGCAUCUUCCUCAGGUUGUCUGCUUAAUUUUAAAAGAUUUCUCUGAUCAUCGUUUUGCAUUACUAAUUUCUUACUAUUAAUGAAAAUUAACUAUUUUCUCAGUGUGAGAUGAAGUUGAUAAUUAGCAUUAACAGAUUAGGAAAAAAAUCACAUUCUGCCAGGACUGAUUAUAAUUUAAUUUAUAAAUGGGUAUUUUGGGUAUCUUUCCCCAGAUAGGACAUUGGAAUUUUCUUUUUUUUCCAAACUGUUUAAAUGAGUUAAUAGUUAUGUUUGAGAGAGAAAUGAGAGACCUUCAUUGUUCUAGUGAUAGAGAAAACAACAGAUGCUGGAAAGCUCAAACGAACAGAAAACAUGGAAUUACUCAACAGUUCAGCUGCAUUUGUGGGACAAGAAACAGUCAGUGUUUCCUAUUGAUGACCCAUCAUCGGAAUAGAACGGAAACACAAGAAGCUUGUGAAGAUGCAGUGGUGGAGCAGGAAGUCUUUGAUAGGGUAAAACCUGAGUGAACGUGGGGAUAGAAUAUAAGUGAAUAGGAGCAUUUAGAGAGUGAGGACAUACAGGAGAGCCUAGACCAGGGAACCCCGACCUUUCUCAUGCCAUGGACCAAUGCCAUUAGGCAAGGGUCCGUGAACCCCAGAUUGGGAACCCUUGGCCUAGACAACAGAAUAUGGGAGUUGCAAAAUGUAGAGCUGGGGGCCGUGCCUGGCAGAUCAGGAACAGCACCUCCUCUACUUUUACUGUGUGAGGUGGGAGGGUAAGAAACAAAAGAGGGGGUAAAAAUUAGGCUUAUCAGAGACAUCCACCCCCCCCCCCCUUUCAGUUUUACAAACUUCUGUCUGCAUUCAAGUUCUGACAAAGGGUCACUGAUCUGAAACAUGAACUGUUCCUGUUUGAUCUGACUUGCUGAGUAUUUCCAGCAUUUCCUGGUCCCAUUUUGCAUCUGUAUAUUUCAUACCUUUCACAGCCUCAGGAGAUCUUGUCUACAAUUAAUUCACCACUUGUUCAACGCAUGCUCUCGGAAAAAUAUGGCAGCCUAUUUUCAAUGUAGCCAGUGAUUUGAAGAUCAGCAGAUAACCUGUCUUUAGUAAGAUUGAGGAAUGAAGGGCAGCACGGAUAACCUUUCACCCUCUGAAGGAUGCUAAACACCAAGGCAACAGUGCAGAGGAAGGUUAGCUGAUGUGACAUAUUCAUUGAGGCAGUUGUUUGUCAGUAGCUGUCUUGAUUCUCAUUCAGUCUCGCUUUAUCAGAGGUUUUUAACCUAGAUAUUAUAGACCAAUCCAGGAGGAAUGAUGUAUUUAUAUUUGAGACCAUGUGUAAUAGAUUGGGUCCCUCGCUGUUUAUGAUGCCCGACUAGAAGUGGAUUUGCAUAUUGGAGUUGCAGACCUACUCAGCCACAAAGUGAAGUUACACUGGAACGACACUAAAGCUGUGGAAGUACAUCUUAGUAAUAACCAUUAUAGUUGAAUAAUUUUUGAGUUUAUAUAUUGGUAGUGAAAUUUUACAGCUGUUAUCUAUGUCAGUUAUACCAAUUGUGUUCCAUUUUAGAAGUUUCCUUAAAAAAUGAGUUUUUGGACAAUAAUGACACCAAAAAAUGCCAAGACGUCCAAAGUUUCUCUCUAAAUCUGAAAAUUCCAUCUUCUCUUCUGUGUGCAUUAAAUCUGUAUUUUAAAAAAUACAUGUUUCUUCAUGGUAUGUAGACGUCACUGGCAAAAAUAGCAUUUAAGGUCUAUCUCCAAUUGCCCGUGAAUUGAGGGGGGAGUACAGAGCCAAACGUAUCGGUGGGUCUGGAGUUACACAGAGACACAACCAAGUAAAGAGAGACCUCUCAUCAGGACUUGGCCCAUAGCUGUUGCUCUGAAUUUCCAGCAUCUGAGAGAGUAGAUGUCCCUCCUUUAAGGCUGUUGGAGAACCAGAUGUGUAACUAUUUACAAUGGGAAAUCCAAUUUAGUAAAAUUUUGAGAAAUAAAAGUGAAAAA